UUACACUUCCGGCUUCCUUUCGUGAACAUUUUUUAAACCCGACAGCGUCAAUGACGUGGGGGCGUGGUCAAGCUCACACCUGACGCUCUGGCACCUCCCGUGCUGUCGCUAGCAAUUUGCUGCUCAUCUCCGGCGUCCUGGUCCAGCUUGAGGUUCCCGCCAUGGCUUAUGGCUGAUUCACGACGAGCACAAGCACGUCUCCAGGUGUCCGAAUGGCGGUGGCCGGUUCCUGGACGGAAGUCUUUGAGAUGAGUGCGGCAGUCGGCGCUGGGGGGACGCCACUGAUGGCCGUUGGCGCCGCCAUCCGCCGCUCCGAGCCCAUCGCCAUCACUUCCAACAGGAUGAAAAGGGCGGAGUCUCUCUCGUCCUCAGCGCCCUCCAUUCCGAACCCUUUUCCUGAGCUGUGCAGCCCCUCCAAGUCCCCCGUUACCAUGGCGACGCUUGCAGCGCCAUCCAGCGACAAACAUCUGGUGAAGGUUUUUGGCGAGGACAACUAUGGCCGCUCGCUGUGGGUCGGCUCCAGUGCCACGGCCAGAGAUGUGUGUCGCAUGUUGGUCCAGACGGCCCACUGCAGCGACGAGGAGAACUGGGCACUGCUGGAGCUCCAUCCCGCUCUGGGCCUCGAGAGAUGUCUGGAGGACCAUGAGACGGUGCUGGAGGUCCAGGCCAGCUGGCCCCUGAAGGGUGACACCAGACUGGUGUUCUGCAAGAACUACGCCAAGUACGAGUUCUUCCGCAAGCCCACGCUCUUUUUUCCGACCAGCAUGAUUUCUGACAGUUCCGACGUCAGCAGGGGGAUGACACCAUCACAGCUCAUCCAGGUCCAACACGCCCACGCCGUCUCCAUGGCAAGCCGCACUCAUUUGAUGCCUCUCUCUGGUCCCCAGAACCUGCUCCAGUCGGGAACGUGUCCCGAGAUCCAAGGGUUCCUUCACAUCAAGGAGCCCAACCGCAAGUCCUGGAAGAGAGUCUACUUCUUCCUGCGGCGCUCUGGACUCUAUUGCUCCACCAAAGGCUCGUCGAAGGAACCUCGGCACCUGCAGUAUGUGGCCGACCUACAGGACCUCAACGUGUACAACGUGGUCAACGCUCGCAAACUGUACGCCGCGCCCUCCGACUUCACUUUCUGCAUCAAACCUUCAAAGACACCAGUCCGCCUUCAAGACCUCAAGAUUCUGUGUGCUGACAAUGAGCAGACCAGAACUUGUUGGACGUCUGCGUUCAGAUUGUUUAAGUACGGGAAGCAGCUGCAGUGUAACUACCAACGAUCUAAGUCGAGCCGGCGAAGCCUGGACGGAACCAACCUGGGAGAUGGCAAAGCCAAGUCGGAGGCCAGCCUGGUGGCCAUGGACUUCUCGGGGAACGCCGGUGGCCGGGUCAUUCAGAAUCCCACAGAGGCCCGGAGCGCCGAGCGAGAGGAAGGCCAAGCCUGGAGGCGUAGAGAAGCUUUGAGGUGCAGUCUGCCCAACUUAAGCACUGCCUCCAGACAAUCCGCCGUGCACGUGACGCAGCCGUGGUUCCAUGGGGGCGUGUCCAGGAAAGAAGCGCAGAGGCUGAUUGAGAAGCAGGGCCUCGUCGACGGCAUGUUCCUGAUCCGUGAGAGCCAGCAGCACGUUCAGUGCUUCGUGUUGUCGCUGUGCUACCAGCUGAGCACCAAACACUACCUGAUCAUCCCCUGCGAGGACGGCGGCAGGAAGUACUUGACCAUGGAUGACGGCGCCACACUGUUCAUGGACCUGCUGCAGCUGGUGGAGUUCCAUCAGGUCAACAGGGGCAUCCUUCCCGUCUGCCUCAAACAUCCAUGCGUGUGCGUGGCGUUGUGACCUCUUACUCAGGAAGUCAGUCGUGUUGUCUGAUCUCUUUGGCCCCUCCCCCUUUGAACCCUUUGCGAGCACAUGCUCUUGUCUCCAUGGAAAUGCUGGGACAGACUCUAAAUCAGUGUGCUAAUGGGGCCUGGCCACCAAAUUGCAGGGUCAUGUGACAAAGGACAUGUCCUCUUGUCUCAGGUCUUGUAUGGAAUCACGUUGAAGUCAUGAUUGUCUUUUUACCUUGUAAGUUGCACUUACUAUGUUCUACUAUGUAUCAUCUUUCCAAAUGUUCGCAUUUAUCAUUUCAUAUUAAACAUCAACUAUCUCCUCUUUACAUCUGCACAUAUAACAUAUGGA